AUGAAUGAAAGAGAUAUCCUUAUUGAUGUAAAUUUUAAUUUUAUUUUAAGGUGAAUGCUCCAUCUCAUAACCCCUUAAUCCAUAAAAUUGCCAAAAAUACUGAAUAUACAGUAAAAAAAGCCAUGAUAAGUGCGAAUGCAGUAGUUGAAGGAGGUCAUAAAAAUCCUUCUCUGCCUGAUGAAAUUCUUACUAUUUAAGAAAAUCAAAUGAGAUUUUUAAUAAUGCUGGCAACUCUAUAGUUUUUUACUUUAUUAGUUAUAGGAAUAUUUUUGGUCAUAGAAUUGUUUACUAUUUAUGAGGAAAUAUCGAUUAUAGUUUUAUUAGUAUUAUUGAUGAUUUAUGUAAUAACUUUGGUGGUUGGAUAAUUCGAAUAGGAUAUUACAUAAACAUUUCCUAAAAAUAUUAUUUUAUUUGUAUGAAAUAGUUAUUAAUAUUAUUGUAUAGAUGAUAAAUUCAUUAUCUAGAAUAUUUUGGAUAGCAUAUUUAGUAGUUUUGAUUGAUUUCAUAAGAUUUGAAUUAAUUUAAUUAUUAAUAUUCAUAAAUUUACUUUUGAUGAUAAUCUUUUUUCAUGUUGAUAGGAAAUCAAACACUAAAAACUGUUUUUUAAUUAAAAAUUAAUUAUUAAGGUAAUUCUUAUAAAUAAUUAUAUUAGGAUAAGUAUUGUAAUUAUAAUAGAAUUUGGAGGAGUAUAUUCAGUCUUAUUAUUUGAUAAUUUUGAAACUGGAAUUCUUUGGUAAUAUAUUAAAUAAUUAGGUUAUUGAUAAUCAUUUGUAUUUAUUUAUGGAUGUUGUUGGAAAUUUAAUUAAUUGAAUUUCGAAAAUAAUUAUAUAAAAAUGAUAAUAUUUGGUAUUUUGCAGCUAUAAUUUUUGAUGGAGAUCUUAUAUUUCCUUGUUUUUUUGUAAAUAAAUAAUUGCUAAAUGAAGAAUUUGAUAGUAUUUUAAUAUGA